AUGUUGAAGGUGGUUGUGAACAAUGCAAGUAAUCUGCCAAAUGUCGAUAAAUUCAGCGGAAAAAGCGAUCCCUACGUGAUAGUUAGCUUUCAAGGUCAGGAACAAAGGACAGACGUCAUCAAAGAUAAUCUCAACCCUGAAUGGAACAAGGAGUUCGAAUAUGACCUCAAUGGAAAGGAGUUGUCAGCUCAAGAGACGCUUCUUUUCAAGGUUAAAGACUGGGAGAAAAUAACAGCCAAUCGCCUUCUUGGUUCAGCCACAGUUCCCUUAAACAAUUUGGUCCGCUCCAAAAGUAAGUCUGUGGACACCGAGGUUAAUUUGGUAGAUGGCGAACAAAGAGCCACCCCCGCUAAACUUAAGAUCAGCUUAUCUUACGACCCUCCUCCAUCCGCCACCAAAGGAGAGGCACAGGAAGGUGGUAUUGAGGAGGGUGAAGAAGUGAAAGAAUUUGAAACUACUGGAGGAGAACCAGGGAAAGUAGGAGUUAAAAGGACCAGACGUGGACAGAAGGGAAAGGCGUUAUCAAAUAAGCCUCAGGAUUUUCAGAUACGUGUAAAGGUAUUUGAAGCUCGUCAGUUAACAGGAGGUAACAUCCACCCUGUUGUUCGAGUGAGCGUGGCUGAUCAAGACCGAGAUACAAAAAUCAAGAAAUGCACAAACAAUCCGGCAUUUAACGAGGUUUUCGACUCCAGAAAGUACCGUGCAGACUCACUACUUGGUUAUUUCGAGCUUGACAUCUAUUCAAUAUACGACAUGCCAGGUCAUUCUUUUAUUCGUAAAUGGAUGUUGUUGAGCAAUCCUAAAGACAAAGGAGGCGACGAAACAGAAGAGGUAGGUUCAUUUAUUUCCUUUUAA